AUGAAGCCAAUGAAGCUUCUCUUCCCAAAGGAGCUUAUUGAUGAGAGUCUAGAAGGAUUCAAGGAGAAAGUUACAAGAACUCUACAACUUUUUCCUAAGGCAAUUGUGCCAAGGGACAUUCAUGGAGAGAUUGUCUAUCCAGCUGAUAGAAAGAGAAAAAGUGUGAAAAACACAAUCCGGGUCGAAAACAUCGGCCGCAGACGCGCAAAAGAAAUUCUGGCCGGUCGAUCCGGGAAACGUACGCUUUCCCUCGGCCGGAUUUCUUGUUCGUCCGCGAACUUGGCCGACCAAACCGCACGAACGGGACGAAAACCAUCGGCCAUCGACCCGAAUUCCCUCGGCCAAGGUAAGUAA